AUGGUUGUAUGUGAGCUAGAACCUGAACGAGCUGGAGAACUGACAGGCCAGUGUGGGAUGUCGGAGCGGCAGGGGCGGCCGGAGCCUAGCAACAGCCUGUACGACAUCCUGCAGGUGGCGCCGUCGGCCACGGAGGACGAGAUUCGGCGCGCCUACCGGCGGCUGGCCCUGCGCUACCACCCCGACAAGAACCCGGGCGACCAGGCGGCGUCCGCGGAGCGCUUCAAGGCGGUGCAGCGCGCCUACCGCGUGCUGGGCGACCCGCGCCGCCGCCAGCUCUACGACCUGUACGGCUCGGCGUCGCUGGCCGAGGGCUUCCCCGACGGCCAGCUGUGGGUGCUGACGUCCGGCUGGGCGCGCUGCCUGCUCGUCGCCAUCUUCCUGGCCACAGAUGAGGCGAGCGAGAUGCGUAUCGCUGGCGUGAAGCAGCGCGGACCCUACCGUAUGUCUCGUCAGCGGACAGCUCGUCAGCGCACGAGCCAACGCAUCGGGACCUCCUUGUACGACUCGCUGGGCGUAGCGAGGGGCGCUUCGUCAGAGGAGAUCCAGAGGGCGUACCGGCACCAGAUGGGCAUCCUCCACCCCCGCAGGCACCAUCACGACCCGCAGGCCGUGGAGAGGUACCACCAGGCGAGGCGCGCCUACAGCGUCCUGGGACAUCCCGACCGCAGGAGGAUCUACGACCGCUACGGCAACCUGGGAGUCCAGAUAGCAGAGACCGCCGGGGAAAGAAUCGCGGCCUGGGAGGACGAGCUGGAGGACGAGCACGGCGCCGACUUCUCCGACGACGAGCGCGGAGGCCGCCCUGACGAAUCUAGUGCCGACGAUGACGACGACGCGCACCGCGACCGCCCCCGCCGCGACAAGAAAGUUACUUACGGGCAGGCCACUGUCGUGGACUGA